AGUCUUGAUUCGACAGCGUUAGAGUAAACACCGUAGUGCUAGCCUCUGUAGUUUUUUAGUUUUAGUUAUAACUAGCUUACAGUUUUGAGGAAUCAGCAAUCUGUGUAUAUAAUAUCGUUGUGUUCUUUUCGUGUUUCCGAGUGAAUAUUAGUUCAUAUUAUGAAAACUAUUAAGACUCAAGUUUUGUGUGUUUCGUGAUAAUGAAUCCGGCGAAACUUCCAUCAUUUCUGGCGUCAGAGUUUGAAGAGGACGAUGAAGCUGGGAAUUCAUCAAUAAAUUUGCCAAAUUUGAGCCAAAUAAGCUUGAAUCAAGCGACCAGCAUACAAGAUGAAAGCCUUUUGGAGGACGUCGGAAGUCUUACUGACCUUUAUAGCGACUUCAUAAAGUGGGGUAGUGAGACUUUUGAGAAGAAAAAACUUUUGAGAGUGGACUUCUACUCCUACAACUCGCUCUGCAACAAGCUUGCUAUAAUCAUAAGCAGAGUAGAAACCAGGCGGAAUACCCUAAUAAGAGUAGGUUUUGCUAAUAUUUAUAAUAGGAAUUUUUGCAUCACUCUUGAAAAAGAUAGAUUUGAAAAGGACUUUAUUCCAUUGUUCAAAGUAGGACAAAAGGGGAAGAGCACAGCCAUUGGGUAAUUGAAUGUUCUCCCGAUAUCCGGAGAGAAAUAAUAAAUAAAGAGCGUAUCUAUGUAGAUUGGACCUCUUGUAGAGUAAAAGAUUAUGUAUCAGUAACACGUUGUUUCAAAUGUAUGGCUGUAGGGCAUGUUUCUAAGAUUUGCAGGGCUAAAUCCACAAUUUGUGGUCACUGUGCUUUAGAAGGACAUGAAUUUAAGUCCUGUCCCACCAAAGCACAAGCCCCUACCUGUGCAAUUCGCAAAAAUUUAAAAAAAUAACAUAAUCAUAGAGUCAAUGAUACAACCUGCCCAACGUAUAUUAGAGCAAUUCAGUUGACACCAGCUAAUAUCAUCUUUCUACUUCACCAUAGAAAAGUCAAAGUAAGAAUUCUUCACAAUAGAGAUAAAUAACUUACGUGGAAUUUAUUUUUAUUUCUAUAAAUACAAACAAAAUGAGGAGAAAUCUAACAAAAUGAGAGAUUUGGCUAGGAUAUAAUAUAAAAAAAAACAUUAUAAUUUCAAACAUGUUUGUUGACAUUAGUAAACUGGUAUAAUAUUAAGUACCUAUUAUAGAUGAGGUAGUAGUAUAGGGUGAUAUAGUAAAUUAUAUGAGUACUAUAGGUGUGAGUAUAGAUUUACUAAGUCUAUAAGUAAAACACAGGAACCAGGGCUACAAUUCUAUUUAAAUAAAAAUAGCCAUUGUUUAAUUAAAAGCUUGAAUAAGAGUAAUUAAUUAAAAAGGUUUAGCCAUAUAUUAAAACAACCUUAUUGUUAAGGUAUAAGGUAAUUGAAACAAUGUAUAACAUUUUCUGGUUAUGAAUUCCUUUCAACUUUUACAAUAAGUUAUAAGUUAAUCAAACUGGUAGUCUCAUAACCACACAAAGAAUGCGACUUUAUAAGGAAACGCAAGUAAAGUUAUUGUGUAAUAAGGCAAAUGAAUAAUUUUGUUGACUACAUUUCAAUAGAUUAAUAAUAUUGGCAUGUUUAUGAUAAAUUAAUAAAGCUUAAAUACCUCACAAUAUUGCCACAUCCAAGUCAUAAGAUCUCAACACAACAUCCGACAUAACCAUCAUAAAAUCACACAAGGAUGAAAAUUAAGCUAGCAAAUUAUUGGAAUUAAGACUAAUAUAGGAUUAUCGCAAUUUUUAAAAACGACGUGAGAAUAGAAUUAGUUUUUUAAAAUUAGAAUUCUAUAAUUUAAAAGACAAACAGAACUGAGUUGUGAUCUCUUGUCUCUUCUACCACCUGCGAUCAACAUUCAACACAAAACAGCUGAUUAAACAGUGCUACCAAUGAUAAUUGUAGAAUUAGUUUACUUAAUGAACAGAACUAAUUAUUGAUAAUCGUAUCAUUCCCUCGAAUAAGAGCUGUAAAAAUCGAAAAUAAUAAAAAAUCUUCAUAUCGCCUUGAAAUGAACAGUUUCCAAUAGUUAUAUCACAAUAAAUAAGAGAAGAUUGUUUAGAGGUUGGUACUCUUGUUUAUUUAUGCUUCGAAAAUGUGGUGGCAAAGACGGCAACUUCCAUGUGUCUCUGAAUUUUGUACAGCUGGAGCCAGCAUUUGUUUUUAGACAUAAAGCAUGUGCGGAAUCUGGGCAUUAUUUGGAAUCGAGAGCAAAUCGAUUGCUCACUGCGAUGACUCCUUUUUCAAGAUAAAACACCGUGGUCCGGACGCAUGGCGUGUUCAGCAUGAUCAAGAAGUUAAGGACGGCUUCCUUGGGUUUGUUAGGUUGACAAUUAUUGACAGCACAUAUGGCAUGCAGCCACUGGUUCUGCAUCAAGCCCCGCAUUUGUCUGUAAUUUGCAACGGAGAGCUGUACAACCACAAAGCUCUGGGAGAGCAGUUCGGCUUCGACUAUGAGACAAAAGGUGACAUAGAAUGCAUUCUACAGUUGUACAAUGCUUAUGGGAUCGAGAAGGUGGUGGAGAAUUUGGAUGGUGUGUUUGCGUUUGUGUUGGUGGACAAGCGAGCGCAGAAAGUGUACGCGGGCAGAGACCCGUACGGCGUCAGGCCGCUCUUCCGGUUGGUCGCUGACGACGGAGUGCUCGGAUUCUCAUCAGAAGCCAAAGGUCUUAUCAACUUGGAAAAUAUGAUCCCAAAAAGUAAAUUCAAAGUCGAGCAGUAUCCACCAGGUCAUUACUCAGAAUACAAAAUCAACCCAGAUGGAAAAUGCACUCUGGUCAGUGAGAAGAGGUAUUACACCGUCGGAAUGAAGCCGAAGUUCCAGUUGUACACUAAUCCUUCAAGUUUGGUGCCAAAUGAUAUUUGCCAGAACAUCAGAACUCUCCUUUGCGCUUCAGUGAGGAAACGCCUGAUGUCGGAGAGACGUAUCGGCUGCUUGUUGUCUGGUGGUCUUGAUUCUAGCUUAAUCGCCGGCAUUCUUGUUCAAGAAUCAAAAGCAGCUGGCAUCCCAUACAAAAUACAGACAUUCGCUAUCGGAAUGGGUGAAAGUCCAGACAUUUUGGCGGCGCGGCAGGUAGCCGCUCAUCUGGGCACUGAGCAUCAUGAGAUCAGCUUCUCGGCCGAAGAUGUGGCCAGUGUUCUGGAUGAGGUCAUCUUCCACUUGGAAACUGCUGAUAUCACAACAAUUAGGGCUUCUGUUGGAAUGUACUUACUGUCUCGCUACAUCAAGGAGAAGACGGACUCGACGGUGAUCUUCAGCGGAGAGGGCGCGGACGAGGUGUGUCAGGGCUACAUCUACUUCCGCGACGCGCCGGAUGCGGCGGCCGGAGACAGGGAGAGCCGGCGGCUGCUCAGCGACAUCUACAUGUACGAUGGACUCAGAGCUGACAGGACUACGGCUGCUCAUAGUUUAGAACUUCGAGUCCCCUUCCUCGACCAAGAAUUCACACACUACUAUCUGAAUCUACCAGCAGAAGUAAGACAGCCCCGCGAUGGCGUUGAGAAAUUCCUGUUGAGGUCUGCUUUUGAUAAAAUGAAUCUCAUUCCAGACUCUAUUCUAUGGCGACACAAGGAAGCAUUCAGUGAUGGAGUGGCGAGCAUAAAGAAGUCGCUAUUCCAGGUUAUCCAAGAGUUCGUAGAUCCCAAGGUGCCAAAUGAUGCUCUCAAUUCUGCUGAAAAGUUGUACCCGCAUUGUACUCCAAAAACGAAAGAAUCUUUCUAUUACAGGAAAGUAUUUGAAAAGUUCUACCACGACCAGGCUGGUUGGCUGGUGCCCUACUAUUGGAUGCCGAAAUGGACCAAUGUCUCAGACCCAUCGGCGCGCUUCAUUAAGCACUACGCUGCCAAAGACGAUGGCAGUUAAGCAUCAGGAAAAAGCUUUACACGAUCAACUCUGUGCACAUCAACUCAUACUGUACUAUUUCUUCAUAUAUGGUGCUAACAGAGUUUCCAUAACUUGAAUCCAAGUUGUGUUCAAUUAAGUUAUGUUGCAUUUUCAUAGCGAGAGAUUAUAAAAUAAUAACUCGUAGUUACACUAAUCUAAUAAGUCGAUCAAUUCAAUAACAUUGAAUUAAAAGUGAUUAAGCUUUAAAAAUCUGUGAUUUCCGAUUUCGAAACUUUUCUUAAGAAGAGAGUUUAAAUGACGUCUUAUAAUAAUGAUGACUUUCAUUGUACUUUUGUACAACUUGCUUUAUCAUCAUAAUCCAGUUCAUGAUGCAAAAUUGAUUUUAGUGUUCUUAGAACAUGGAAUUUGUAAGAAUAAAAUUCAUCUGAUUGAAAAUAUUAUUACGUUUUUAUUUGAAGUAUUAAUUUU